CCUGAUUGCCUCGCCUAUAUUGAUGACGACGGUAGCGACGACGACGACGACGAUGACAAUCAACUUCCAGAGCGGCAAUCACUAGCCCAACUUCAGCUCCAACCUCAGUCGAGUCACAAACAGAGUUACUUCAAACAGCGGCCGACAACUUGGUCAUAUUGCUUUUUUUUCUUCUUCUAAUAAUUUAAAUUCAAGUCACACACCUACAAAUUGUGAAAAAAUCUUGCAGACUGGUUUAGUCCGUUGUGUUACCUACAACAUUGAACAACCAAUAAAUUCAUCGUUCGCGCUAGAUCGCUCACUUGCUUGUAGCCACGUUAAGAUCCGUUAAGAUAGUGUAAAAGUAGUGAAAAAAGUAGCUGAUUAUAAUGAUGAAACUCCUCCAGUUGAUCUUGUUGCUGGCCUACGUAGCAUUGGUUACAGCAAGAUUCCAGAUACGCACAGCUGAAGAUGCUCGAAUAGCACAUGGGGAGUGCCGUGCGGAAUUUAAUAUACCUGAUGAAGUGUAUGAGAAGUUCUUGAAUUACGAAUUCGUUGCUCAUAGACGUACCAACUGUUAUGUGAAGUGCUUUACCGAGAAAAUGGGACUCUUCACCGAGGAGAAGGGCUUCGAUGAGAAAGCGAUUAUUGCGCAGUUCACUGGAAAGAACACCAAAAAUCUAGCUAAAGUCUCACACGGUUUGGAGAAGUGUAUCGAUCACAAUGAACACGAGUCGGAUACGUGCACUUGGGCGAAUCGCGUCUUCUCCUGUUGGAUAUCUGUGAACCGGCCGAUUGUGCGCAAGGCCUAUAUUCAGAAUUAAGCUGGACGUAUGACGUUCGGUUGUGAUUAUAGAGAUUAUGUAUAUAUUAUAAAAUAUUUUUAACUAUGCGAAAUUAAAAUGCAAAGAUUCAAAAGAUAUUGAAAAAAAUAAUAAAAUAAUAUUUAAAUGUC